GCAUUUUGCGAAAAGCACCUCUUCCCUGACUUGCUCGCUCCCAUCCGAUCCGAUUCCCCAAUAUCUCCGGUCUGGGCGCGGCCCAAACCCUAGGUCGCCGGCUCCGUUUGUUCUGCACAAAGCUCGUCGCGCUUUGCUGCUGCUGCCUCCGAGAAGAAGAGAAGAACAAGAAAGAUAGGGAUUCGGGCGUGGCGCGGCGAUGGGGGACGGCCGCGCCGGAGGGUCGAACCGCCCCGCGUGGCUGCAGCACUACGAGCUGCUGGGCAAGAUCGGGGAGGGAACCUACGGCCUCGUCUUUCUCGCGCGCCUCAAGCCAACGCAUCCCCAAGCUGCUGGCCGCCGCGGCUCUCCCAUCGCCAUCAAGAAGUUCAAGCAGUCCAAGGAGGGCGACGGCGUCUCGCCCACCGCUAUCAGAGAGAUCAUGCUCCUGCGUGAGAUCAACCACGAGAAUGUCGUGAAGCUCGUCAAUGUCCACAUCAACCAUGCCGACAUGUCCCUCUAUCUCGCCUUUGAUUAUGCCGAGCACGACCUCUAUGAGGUUAUCCGGCAUCACAGAGAAAAGCUCAACCUCCCCAUUAACCAAUACAGCGUCAAAUCCUUGCUCUGGCAACUGCUUAAUGGCCUCAACUAUCUCCAUAGUAACUGGAUUAUCCAUCGAGAUCUCAAGCCUUCUAAUAUACUGGUCAUGGGAGAAGGAGAAGAACAUGGAAUUAUAAAGAUUGCUGAUUUUGGGCUUGCUAGGAUAUAUCAAGCUCCACUAAAACCAUUAAGUGAUAAUGGGGUUGUGGUAACUAUCUGGUACCGUGCACCUGAGCUGUUACUUGGGGCUAAACACUAUACGAGCGCUGUUGACAUGUGGGCGGUUGGUUGCAUUUUUGCCGAAUUGCUUACGCUGAAACCAUUAUUCCAAGGUGUCGAAGCAAAAGCUACUCCAAACCCUUUUCAACUUGAUCAACUAGACAAGAUUUUCAAGGUCUUAGGUCAUCCUACGGUUGAGAAGUGGCCUACCCUUGCUAAUCUUCCAUGCUGGCUAAAUGACCAGCAACACAUCCAGGGGCAUAAGUAUGAGAACACAGGUCUCCAUACUAUUGUUCACUUGCCGCAGAAGAGUCCUGCAUUUGAUCUUCUCUCAAAAAUGCUUGAGUAUGACCCUCGAAAGCGUAUAACAGCUGCCCAGGCUUUGGAGCAUGAGUAUUUUCGGCUGGAACCACUGCCUGGAAGAAAUGCCCUUGUACCAUCUCAGUCAGGGGAGAAAGCUGUGCAAUAUCCUAUUCGUCCAGUCGAUGGAUCAACAGAUUUUGAAGGAACAACAAGCCUUCAACCAACUCAACCGCCAUCAGGAAACGUACCUCCUGGGAAUCAGCCUGUACCGAGACCACACCCAAGACAAAUGCAACAGCCUAUGGGUAGUAUGCCAAGAAUGCCUGCUGGUGCAAACAUGGGUGCGUUUGGUCCAGUGCCCCAACCGGGCAUGGUUGGGAUGAAUCCUGGUAACAUUCCAAUGCAGAGAGGGGCAGGUGGCCAGUCUCAUCCGCACCAGCUGAGAAGGAAGGCCGAUCAAGGGAUGGGGAUGCAAAACCCUGGAUACCCUCAACAGAAGAGGCGCUUCUGACAUGCUCUCUCUUGGGUAGAAGACUACUUGCUGACUGAUUAAUGUAUCCAUGAGAUCAUCAUGUAUGUAGUAUAUCUGCCAGAUAUACAUUGCCUGAUAGAAAAAUAGUGGUUAAGCAAGUUUGUUCUUGUUGCUGCUGUAGAUUUUUACUGGUGAGUUACUGUACUAUGGUUGUAAGGGUCAUUGUAAAGGAAAUUUAGAUGAUUUGCGACUGAGCCAAGCUGCAUGUCGUUGGAUUCAUUCUCCUUAUUAUUGUCAUCUGAAUAUACAAGCUACGGUAAGCUACAUGUCGUUGGAUUCA